AUUUUUCAGUAUUCCAAAGUCUAUAUAGAUUGUACUUUUUAUGUUAUCAGAGUAAUAAUGAGUGUAUUAACUCGAUGGGGAGUGCGCGGUCGUAUAUCGACAAGUAUUGCGUGGAACAGAGUUAAGCUCACUAGACGUUUUUCGAACAUACAGGUUCCAUUUCAAGAUGAUUUAUCUGGAAUGGAAAAUGACGAUUUGAACCUUGGAGAUUUUCAACAUUAUAAAGAAUCACCGGAUGUAAUAACUAAGAAAUUAGAAUUUAUAGGAGAGAGUCAAAAGAGUCAAGAGAAAAUUGUUAAUGUUAAUAGUGUCACCAAUGAUGAAGUCAGAAUAGAUUUAGAGACAGUAGUAUCAUUAAAGGAACCAGUUGUAUUUGUAUCUAAGUUAUCUAAUCCAUAUAUAAAUCUUGCCAUUGAGGACUACAUAUAUCAUAAAAUGCCCAAACCUGAAGAUAUAAAUGUUAAUUAUAAUAGAUUAAUGUUUUAUGUUAAUAGUCCAUGUGUAGUUAUAGGGAAGAAUCAAAAUCCCUGGAAGGAAGUCAAUUUACCAUUGUUGAACUCUCUUAGUAUACCACUUGUACGUAGAAGGUCUGGUGGAGGUACAGUGGUUCAUGAUUUGGGUAAUGUUAAUUAUUCCUUUAUGACUACUAAGGAAAAAUUUGAUAGAUUUACAUUUGCUAAUUUGGUUACAAAUGCUGUGAAUUCUAUUCCAGGUUCAAAGUACUCUAUAGAAGUUAAUGAAAGAGGUGAUAUAACUACCAAAUCUUCACAAGAUGGUAUUAAUUAUAAAGUUAGUGGAUCAGCAUAUAAAUUAUCCAAAGGAAAAUCUUAUCAUCAUGGAACCAUGCUUCUAAAUCUGAGAUUAGACAUAUUAGGUAAAUUGUUACAUAGAGAUGAAUCGAAAUUAGGAAUUGUUGAUGCAUCGAAUUCUAUUGAUUCUGUUAAAUCUAAAGUUACUAACUUAGAACUCACUCAAGAACAAUUUAUUCAAUAUGUAUCAGAUAAGUUUAGUGAUUUAUAUGGUACUGAGUUAUCCACUGAAGAGACACAGAAAGUUUCUGAUAAUGAUGAAUAUGAUCAGGAUGAAUUGUUUGGAUUAAAAGAUUUUGUUCAAGCUAACACAAUUAAUAGAAUUUCAAAAAUUGUUACAGUUGAUGAAACUACUAAACUUCCUCUACAAGUUUUUGAAACAGCUAAAGAAUUGAAAAAAUGGAGCUGGAGAUUUGGAUCAACCCCGAAGUUCACUCAUGAACUAAAUAAUGAAAAGUUUGGAUUUAAAAUAAAAUUCCACAUAGAUAAACAUGGUCAUUUAGAAACUUUUGAAUUGGACUUUAUUGAAACAGAAAAUAGAUUGCUUUCAAUCGAAAAGAUCAAUGAAAGUUUUGCAUUUCUCGACAUGCAUAUAAAGAACAACAAGUUGAAAUACACUGGUAGUGAUGUGGCUGGGUUUAUAACUAACGAUAUUAUAAGCGACUGGGUAGGUCAAUCGAUAGAUGGAACGAUAUAAAAUUAACUCUUGUAAAUAUUAACAAUAACAUGUAUA